AUGAGCAGCGCCGGAGAAUCCACCAAGACCACCAAGAAGCACCGCAGCAAGGCUGCAGCUGCAGCAGCUGCUGCUCCUGCUGCUGCUGCUGCUGCUGCUGGCGCGGCGGCAGCAGCAGAACCUCCGAAUGCACAGUCUGUGGCUGCCUUCUGCGUAGCAGCUGUGGAAUCCAGCAGCAGCAGCAGCAGCAGCAGCGACAGCAGCAGCAGCAGCAGCAGCAGCACAAGGGCUGCUCGGCUGCUGCCUUGCUGCUGCGAUGGGACGGCUGUGGGGCCGGCAGAAUAUCUGUGGACUGCCGACGGCACGAUAGCCAAAAUAGCAGUGUCUAACAGCCUCACGCUGGAGACGUAUACUCUCCCUGAUGGGGUGGACGUACGCCCGAGCUGCGGCUGCUGCUUCACUCCUGCAGCAGCAGGUGCUGCUGCUGCUGCGUUUGUAGUUGCGGGCGCAGCAGCAGGAGAAAUCCUUGCACUCAAACAACGCAGCAGCAGCAGCAGCAGCAGCAGCAAAUCGUCUGCCUCGCUGCUGCCCGCGGCGCCAACAGCAGCGACAGCAGCAACCGAAGCAACAUGGCCCCGUGUGCUGCUCGCUGCUGCAGCAGAAGAUGCCGGGGUGUUUUGGUGCUUCUUGAGGCUGCAAGAGGCAGCAGAAAACGACAGCAGCAGCAGCAGCAGCAGCAGCAGCAGCAACGCAGAUGAUGGGCUGCAGCAGCUGGAGCUGGGGGGGCCAACUGCAGCAGCAGCAGCUGCUGCUGCUGCUGCUAGCCCUCUGCCUGUGCUGCUGGUGGACUCAGUACAGGGGGAACUCUUCGUAAGUCUGAGCCAUCCCUGGUUGCUGUUGCUGCAGCAGCAGCUGCAGCAGCAGCAGCAACCAGCUGCUGCAGUUGCGGUUGCUGCUGCUGCUGCACGCUAUAAGGCGGUGCUGCUGGUGCUCCAUCUGCUGCUGCUGUUGCUGCUGCUGCGGUUGCUGCUGCUGCUGCAGGUCUUUGGUACUGAAGCCUCGUCGGGGGGGCCUCUGCGCUGCCUGAAGCGCAGCCGGCGUUUGCUGCCAGCACAUUCUGCUGCAGCAGCAGCAGCAGCAGCAGCAACGGGUGGAAGCAUUAUGCUCUCGCCGAGGUGCUGCUUGGAGUGGAGUGCAGCAGCAGCAGCAGCAGCAGCAACAGCAGCAAACGGGAAGACGCGGGGGAGCGAGUGCUGCUGCACCUUCUUGCUGCGGGAUUUGCGCUGGCUGACUCCUCUGGGGUGUACGUACACCUCAACUGUUGCUUCGUCCGCGGUGUACUCGGUAAGCAGCAGCAGCAGCAACAGCAGCAGCAGCAGCAGCAGCAGCAGCAGCAGCAGCAGCAGCAGCAGCAGUGCUGCUGCUGCUGCUAGCCCUCUGCCUGUGCUGCUGGUGGACUCAGUGCAGGGGGAACUCUUCGUAGGGGGACGUCUGCUGCUGCUUCUGCCGCUGCGAUUGCCGCAGCAGCAACAGCAGCAAGAAGAAGAUGAUGAGGAAGAGGAGACGGAGGAGCUGCAGCACCGGGAUGCUGUACUGGCCGUCAGCUUGCUGCUGCCAAAGAAGGGACACAGCAGCAGCAGCAGCAGCAGCAACAGCAGCAAGAAGCAGCCUUCCUUGUUGUGCAGGCUGCUGGAUGCCUAUACACUCGAAGUGCUGCAGACGUUUCGCCUGCUGCUGCCACCUGCUGCAGCAGCAGCUGCUGCUGCUGGUGCUGCCUUGCAUGUCGAGGCGACGCCGCUGCCUGCAGCAGCAGCAGCAGCAGCAGCAGCAACAGCAGCAACCGAAGCAGCAUGGCCCCGUGUGCUGCUCGCUGCUGCAGCAGAAGAUGCCGGGGUCUUUGGAACUGAAGCCUCGUCGGGGGGGCCUCUGCGCUGCCUGAAGCGCAGCCGGCGUUUGCUGCCAGCACAUUCUGCUGCAGCAGCAGCAGCAGCAGCAGCAACGGGUGGAAGCAUUAUGCUCUCGCCGAGGUGCUGCUUGGAGUGGAGUGCAGCAGCAGCAGCAGCAGCAACAGCAGCAAACGGGAAGACGCGGGGGAGCGAGUGCUGCUGCACCUUCUUGCUGCGGGAUUUGCGCUGGCUGACUCCUUUGGGGUGUACGUACACCUCAACUGUCGCUUCGUCCGCGGUGUACUCGCCUGUUCAGCUGCUGUGGGAGUGCGAGGAGAAGGCCUUCGUCACCCGCUGCUACGCACAGACGCCCUGCGCGGCUGCAGCUGUCGGGAGCUUUGCAGCUGCGGGCGUCGUAAGGACUGCUGCAGUGGAGGUGCAGCAGCAGCUGGUGCAGCAGCAGCUGCAUACCCUCACCGCGCAGCAGCAGGAGCUGGCUGGGCGGCUGCUGCUGCUGCCUACUUCCCGUGUCAGUGAUGAGUUGCUGCAGCAGACCGUCGCCCCCUUUCUAAGCUCGCAGCAAGCCAAGAGCCAAGCGGAGGAGACAAUUUGUUUGCUGCUGCACAAGCAGAUUCUGGCCCCUCACCGCGCGCUGCUGCAGCUGUUGAUACACUGCAACUUUCAGGUUGCUGCUGCAUGCACCUUCUGCUGCCCGGCCUUGCGGGAAGAAGACGCUGCGCUGCUGCUGCUGUGGCGGCCGCAGCUGCUGCAGGUGCUGCUGCAGCACGCGCAGCACUUUAGGGCUUCCGUGCUGGCUGAGAGUUUGCUGCAGCUGCAGACGCAGCAACAGCAGCAGCAGCAGCAGCAGCAGCAGGAUGUUGUGGAGCAAGUGCUGAGGCAGCUGGUUGAGUGGCUGCAACAGCAGCAGCAGCAGCAGCAGCAGCAGCAGGAUGUUGUGGAGCAAGUGCUGAGGCAGCUGGUUGACUGGCUGCAGCAGCAGCACUGCAACGCACUGGAGCUGGAGGACCAGCCAGAACUCCAGGCUCUGCAGCAGCAGUACCAGCAGCAGCAGCAGCAGCAGCAGCAGCAACAGGAGGAAGGGCCGCGAAUACCCCUCCCUGUGCUGCUCGAUGUCGCCUGCGGAUUCGUUGAUGCAUUCCUGCCGGCUAGCUUGUAUCCUAGUGUUGAGCGGCGUGAAGCAGCAGAGCUGCAGAAGGCGAGCUUGUAUCCGAGUGUUGAGCGGCGUGAAGCAGCAGAGCUGCAGAAGGUACGCGGUUUGCUGCUGCUGCUGCAGCAGCAGGUUGAGUUGCUGCUGCAGCAGUUCAAGCCGCAGGAGGAGCAGAAGCUGGAGGGGAAGCUCCUGGGCGCCCUCACAUCGAAGUUAACUCCACAAGAGCUGAAGCAGCAGCAGCAACAACCGCAGCAGCAGCAGCAGCAGCAGCAACAUAAGCAACAGCAUCAGCGUCUGCUGCAGUACCACAGCAUUUCAAGUGGCGGCGGAGCUAGACACCGCAGCAGCAGCAACGGCUGCAGGGGCCCUGACUGUGCAGCUGCACCAGCAGCGGCAGCGGCAGCAGCAGCAGUCUUCGGAGCAUCGGCAGCAGGAGCAGCAGCUGCAACAGGAGCAGCAGCAGCAACCGCAGCAGCAUCUGCAGCAGCUGGAGCACCGUUAGUAGCGGCCGCAGCAGCAGGAGCUGUCAAAGAGACAAAGGGCGCUCGGCCGCAGCAGCUGCAGCAGCUGCAGCAGCAGCAGCAAUCCAGCAGCGCAGCAGCAGCAGCAUCUCAGCAGCAACAACAACAACAGCAGCACCGGCAACAGCGCAGCAACAGCAGCAGCACAGCUGCACCACCAGAGCAAUAG